UAUUUUUAUUUGAAAAAAUUGUCAACAAGAAAUAUAAGCUCUCAGUUUUAGAUUCCUUUUCAUUCUAUCUAAUAAAAAUGACUCCAACAAUUCUGUCCCUGGCUACCUUAUUUUUAGUUUUCUUCGCGCCUUAUCUACGGUUCGGUGAGGCGAAGACAUAUGAGCUUAGUGAAGUCAAGCUUAAUUCUCAUAUCCUUCAGGAGUCUAUUGCUAGACAGAUUAACGAAAACCCAGAGGCAGGAUGGGAAGCUACAAUUAAUCCUCGUUUCUCAAAUUUUACGGUUGGACAAUUUAAGCGGCUUCUUGGAGUCAAACAAACACCCCGAAGUGAACUGAGUAGUGCACCUGUUGUAACUCAUCCAAAAUCAUUAAAAUUGCCAAAGGACUUCGAUGCAAGGACAGCUUGGUCGCAAUGUAGCACCAUUGGGAGAAUUCUAGAUCAAGGUCACUGUGGUUCUUGUUGGGCAUUUGGUGCUGUUGAAUCAUUAUCAGAUCGGUUUUGCAUUCAUUUUGACAUGAAUGUAUCCCUCUCUGUUAAUGACAUUCUUGCAUGCUGUGGCCUUCUUUGUGGGGCUGGCUGUGCUGGGGGGACUCCCUUUUCUGCAUGGAUAUACUUAGCUCACCAUGGUGUUGUCACUGAAGAGUGUGACCCAUACUUUGAUCAAAUUGGCUGUUCUCAUCCUGGCUGUGAGCCAACAUACCGAACUCCAAAGUGUGUUAAAAAGUGUGUAAAUGGGAACCAGCUUUGGGAGACUUCAAAGCACUAUAGUGUCAAAGCAUAUACGGUCAACUCUGAUCCCCAAGAUAUCAUGGCAGAAGUUUAUAAGAACGGGCCAGUUGAAGUUGCAUUCACUGUUUAUGAGGAUUUUGCUCAUUACAAAUCAGGAGUUUACAAACACAUCACAGGUUUUGCACUAGGCGGUCAUGCAGUAAAGUUGGUUGGGUGGGGAACAAGUCAUGAAGGGGAGGACUAUUGGCUUCUUGCAAAUCAGUGGAAUACGAAUUGGGGGGAUGAUGGUUACUUCAAGAUUAAGAGAGGGACAAACGAAUGUGGGAUUGAAAAUGCUGUUACUGCUGGUUUGCCUUCUACCAAAAAUAUUGUGAGAGAGGUGACUGACAUGGAUGUUGAUGCUGAUGUUUCAUUCUAAUGCAAAUAUAGUACUCUUACCUUAAUGACGAAGUCUAGGGUGAAACACCUCGCCAUGUCUUUCAGGUGCAUAAGAUUACACAGUGUAAUAGUACAGAUUAUAAAUGAUUGAUAGUGAUCCUAAUUUUAUUAUCUACAAGCAACCUCUUACUUAACUAAAUCAUUUACUUUUUGCUGAUAUAGUAGGGAUGAAUCAUCCGAGGAUUAUUGCUAUGUAGUUUCUUUUUUGGGCUACAGCCCUUUUUUAUUAAAAUAAUAAUAAUAAAAUUGCACAGCUUCGCUCA